AUGCAACACCCUUCAUAUCUUGAAUCCGCCCCAAAUACUGUCAAGGCUCUCUAUUCCUACUUCAAUGUCCGGGAAACGCCAACACCCAACAGCUCAGAACUGGGGCCCACAUUUGACAUGCACGUCGUUCGCGACGCACGCAUGCCAACACAUCUCCUCGCCGCCACACAGUCCGACCAGGAUCCAGUGAAAACGUCGCCACUAAUGCUCCCCAUUGACCGCGUUCUCUUCGAGCGCGGAUUUCGCAUCGACCUUAAUUUUCCACCAGCUACAUCUAUUACCCCAAAACCACGCAGUAUAACCGUUGGAGAUUCACAGGUCCUCUACGUGAACCUUCCGGUGAUUCCUAUCAAUGUGCCCCACCUCUCAUCCCUUGCGCUCCUACUUCUCUAUGCAAUGGGUCUCGAAACCAAUCUUAACAUCCUCGCUUGGAAGCUGCUUCCUGUAGAAGUUGUAGAGGAGUUUCCAAACGCGGCAGCCAUGUCGACGAUCUUAUCAAGACGACCGCAGGCCGAACAGGAAUCAAUAUACAGGCAUAACCAGGGUUUGUGGAAAAACAUUCUCGCGUUGGGAUUAAAUAAUGCCCGGAUAAUCCAGGUUGUGCAGACGGCGUGGAAUGUUACGGCAGACGCUCGUCGUGUCAUGCUUCGCAAUAACCUGAAGCAAUACUAG